AUGAAAUACGUGGUUGUCUCUGGAGGUGUCAUUUCCGGCAUUGGUAAGGGUGUCUUGGCCUCUUCCACUGGCCUUUUGCUCAAGACCAAGGGUCUCAAGGUCACAUCCAUCAAAAUUGAUCCCUACAUGAACAUUGACGCCGGAACGAUGUCUCCUCUGGAGCACGGUGAGGUUUUUGUUCUCAACGAUGGUGGUGAAGCUGAUUUGGAUCUCGGUAACUACGAGCGGUACAUCAACGUCACCCUUACUCGGGACCACAACAUUACCACCGGUAAGAUCUACCAGCACGUGAUUGAGCGAGAGAGACGAGGUGAGUAUCUUGGAAAGACUGUGCAGAUUGUUCCUCAUCUCACCAACGCCAUUCAAGACUGGAUUGAGCGUGUGGCCAAGAUUCCCGUCGAUGACACUGACGAGGAGCCUGACGUCUGCAUCAUCGAACUCGGAGGUACUGUUGGUGACAUUGAGUCCGCUCCUUUUGUUGAGGCUCUUCGGCAGUUCCAGUUCCGUGUCGGUCCUGACAAUUUCGCACUCAUCCACGUGUCUCUCGUGCCCUUCAUUCACGGUGAGCAGAAAACCAAGCCUACCCAGGCCGCCAUCAAGGACUUGCGAUCGCUGGGUCUGACCCCCGACAUUAUUGCAUGCCGAUGUCAGGCUGAGCUUGAGGCUAGUACAAUCAACAAGAUUGCCAUGUUCUGCAACCUUGGUCCCAAGCAGGUGCUUGAUGUGUACGACGUCAACUCUACCUACCAUGUUCCUCUUCUUCUGCAGAAGCAAGGAAUUAUCGACUUGCUCACCCGAAAAUUGGCUCUCGACCAAAUCUCGAUCUCAGGAAGAUUCCGAGAUCGUGGUAAUGGUCUGCUCGGAAAAUGGCGACAGCUAACUACUCAGCAUGACCGGUCGUUCGAGACUGUUUCCAUUGCAAUGGUUGGAAAGUACACACAUCUUCAGGAUUCUUACCUAUCUGUCAUUAAGGCCCUGGAGCACUCCGCCAUGAAGUGCCACCGAAGACUCGAGAUUCUGUGGAUUGAGUCGUCCGACUUGGAGUCUGAGUCAGAUGAGAAGGCAAAGUACCACCAGGCUUGGACUAAGUUGUGCCGGGCAGAUGGUAUCCUUGUUCCUGGUGGUUUUGGCACUCGAGGAACUGAGGGUAUGAUCAAGGCCGCAAACUGGGCCCGAGAAAACAAGAAGCCUUACCUUGGUAUCUGUCUGGGUCUUCAGAUUGCCGUCAUCGAGUUUGCACGAAAUGUCUGUGAGCUUGAUGGGGCCAACUCGGAAGAGCUGGACCCUGAGACCGAGACCAAGGCUGUGGUUUUCAUGCCUGAGGGAGACCGAGAAAAGCUCGGAGGUACUAUGCGACUUGGCGCUCGAACUACUGUAUUCCAGCCCGGCUCUGAGAAGUCUAAGAUUCGAAAGCUGUACGGCUCUGCCGACAGUGUCGAGGAGCGACACCGACACCGAUACGAGGUUAACCCUGAGCUGGUGGAGACCUUUGAGGCUGCCGGUCUCAAGUUUGUUGGCAGAGACACCGCUGGCCAACGAAUGCAGGUGCUUGAGCUUGAUAACCACCCUUACUACGUGGCUACUCAGUACCACCCCGAGUACCUUUCCCGAGUGCUGGAUCCUUCUAGACCUAUCUUGGGUCUCGUGGCUGCUGCCUGUGGUAAGCUUGAUGAGAUCACCAAGGGCCAGUCUGCCGAAAUUGCCAGCGGUGAGUUUUAA